UGCUGACAGGCAUGUGUAGGACCCUUGGAUCUUGAAAGGUGUAUUGUGUGGGGUGUUGAUAAUUAUUGUAGUUGAGAUAUAUCUACAGAUUUAUGUAUCUGCCGAUCUAGCAGGGUCUGGUGUUGCUUUUAGUUGAUGUAUCUUGGUCUGUGGAGAGCUUGUUUCUGAUGAUGAGGUUGGAGUGGGGUGGUUUGAAGGACAGAUGAGCGGGGCAGUUCAGGAAAGAUUUACUUCAGAAUAUGGUCCCCAUAGUGUAUAGGUUGUAAUUGUUUGAUACCCCUGCCUCCCAUAUAAGUUCUAAUGUGGGUCGUAAGUGACAAUUAGAGGUGUGCGGACAGAGGAAGCUUCAUUUCCAUAUUGAAGCGGGUUCUCUUGAGGGAUUUGGGUGACUUAUUCCAUGAUGGGAUCUACUCUGGUAGAAUAUUCUCGCUUGUUGAACAUGGUCUUAAGUGUGUUACGAUGACUUUCUCCUUGGAGCAUAUUCUGUGGUAUCUGAGUGUCUGGCUGUAGAUAACAGAUUUCUUGGCAUGUUUGGGUUGUUUACUGGAUCUGUGAAAGUGGAUGUGGUGUUCUGUAGGUUUCUUGUAUAUUAAUCUAUGUCCCACUUUUGAACAGUUCAGCUCUAUAUUUGCUUUGAUUCCAUGUAGCCAAAAAUAACUGUAGGAUGCACUAAGUGGGGAGUUAAGAGAGCAAGAGAGGUUGAAAUGAGGACUUUACUCACAAACUAACUGUUGGUCUGGGAAUAAACAACUCCUGCUGAACCUAGUAGGUUCCUAAACUCACUGAGUGCCUACAUUUUCAGGCUGCGGGAACCAUGCAAGCUGGAGGAUCUCACCACACCCCAGCUGCCCUGCUUUGAUCUAGCCCCAGCUGUUACAGCACCAGCCACCCCAAUAUACACCCACACAGGGAGAGAGCCUGUAGCACACACAGCAAAUCCAUACACAUCAGGGGAGAAACCCUUUACACACAGGGAUGGGGACUGUAACACAUCAAAAUCCUCCCAUAGGCAGUGGGGGCAGGCAGAUUUUAAUACAAAUACAAAAUCACUCCACCUCACCUAUCAUUCCACCAAAGGAAAGAAGACCAUAACAUACAGCAGCAUUGCACCCCUGCUCUCCAUCUUCACAGAAGGAUCUGUGGUUUGAUCUACUGGCCUUCACUAAGCUCCAGGAAGCCUUGUGCACACAGACCUUGUACGUUUCAGUGGGAAUUGUUCAUGCAGAGGACUAUAGAAUAGGAUAUUAGAAGGAAUGCCUUUGACAGGCUAUAAACUGAUUCUGCAAACACAGACUAGUGAGCACAGGGUUUAUUAAUGGAAGUGCUCAUAGUAGAAGUCACUAUGGUGACUAUUAAGUUAACUAUUUAAGGCUUAGGCUAGAUUUAAGACCUAGGCUAUAUGCUGGCGUUUUGUAUAAGGGUUGAUUUUACCCAUAGUGCUUAUUAUUUUGAGUAUUCCUUUGAACUCCAGUUUGAACAAACAGUGUGCUCACUAAUAAAUGUUUGCAAAGCUACACCUCUUAGGAAUCCUGAAUUUUGUUUUUAAAAUUACCUUGAGAAAUUGUUUCGGCUUCUCCUUGACCUCAACUUUAAUAUAUUCUCCCUCCCCAAAAAAGCCAUGUUUGCAUUCCUAGCAACUCAAACAGCAUUGAAAAUCAUACAAAACAAUUUAAAAUUCUAUACUUGUAUUUUAAAAUGUUUUAGUAGUUAAAACUUAGAAUAGAAAUUAAUUACCAGGAGGAAAUGUGCCCCAAUGAUGGCCCAUUCAAGCAAGAGGGAGUUGUCACCCCUUUCUGAUCAGCCAGCAAGGUAAUGCAAGGCUCAAUUGACCGGCCUUGCUCCCUUCCAAAACUAUCCAUGGAAAACACAUCAGAGCUGCCAUCAAACAAUGAAAACCUCCUACAGGCGAAGAAGGAACUGUUACAACAGACAGAGCUUCUCCAUGUCAGUAAAUAGAAACAAACAGCUUUUUUCAGUAUACCACAGAGGAAGGGGAAGCACUCUGGAUCCAUUCACUGAGGAAAACUCUUGGAGGAAGGGAAACCAGCCAGCUCUGCAGCAGACUGAACUUUUGGGGAGAAAUCUACUUUAUUUGAUAAGAAAGGAGAACAUCAGAGUUAAUGUUACUAUGUUGAAAACCAGUGAGGAAUCUCAAGAAGCACAGGUUGUCUUUAAUAUCACCUACAAUAGUGGACAGAUAUAUGUAAAUGACUUUCCUAUGAAGAGAGGUGUUACCCGGAUUAAGUGUCAAACUUUAAUAUUGGAAACUGGAAACUCUGAUAACCUAUUGGAUCAAAGGCAUUGGGGAAUUGUCAGUGUUCGCAUCCUGUUUCGUGAGUGGCCCUUGGCAUCCAGAUCAAAUUUGCAGUUGAUUGUCAUUCAGGAAGAGGUGACAGAAAUCGAUGGGAGAGAGGUUCAGCAAGAGGAAGUUACUGAAAUAAACAUAUUAAUUAAGGGCCUGAGAGUACUUAGACAUUCAAACCAUACUGUUCCUCUGAAGGAAAGCAUGCUAUAUUCCAUCCCCAGAGACAAUGACGUGUUAUUUACACUUCCCAAUCUCUCAGGAAAAGUAGAUGUUCAAGGCCCACUGCAACCAACCAGUCACUACCUCCUCAGGCAAGCAGAAACUACAGUAGAUGAAGAGACAUUACCUGGCAAGUUACCAGAGACACCUCUCAGGACAGAGCCUCCAUCAUCUUAUAAGGUGAUGUGCCAGUGGGUGGAAUACUUGAGAAAAGAGCUGUGCGGGUUCUGGCUUGCAUCUUUUCCUGUGUUCUUUAAGCUGAUGGAAGUCAUUGGGACUGGAGUUGUAGGAGCAGCUCUAGUUUUAGGAAUCUUAAAAGUGCUUUUCCCUUCCUGUGAACACAAAGGAGUCCUGCACCUGGAGGAUAUCAACACUACAGCUGGGCUUGUGAUAAACAUCUCUUCAGAUAUUCCAGAGAAGACAGACAAUUUAGUGGAGAAAUGAUGUACUCAAUACCAUAUUUGCAUCUGAAUCUUUGUACAAAUCUUCCGUGGACCUGAAAUUUGGCACUUGAACACCUUAUUUGCUUCCUAUUCUGAAAAUAGUAUGUCAACUGAUUUAUAAUUAAAUGGACACUUCAAGGUGGAGGCCCAAAAUGAUCUCCCCUCUUUCCACAGCCUCUUGCUCCCAAGGAACAGCAGCUUCCCAUUAUGAGGGUUAUGACAGGUUUUAACUUCUUUAAAAUACUCUCCCAGCAGCUAGGACAGGGAGCUGGCCUUUGUAUUCACAGAUAAGGCAGUUAGAUAAUGAAAUACAGAAUGUGAUAAACUUCAGUCAUCUCAAGCAUGGGCUAAAGGAAUAGAAGGAAAAGAUUACAGAUGUGCCUGCAAGCCAGAACAAAGCUGGUCAGCCUGCUUUUAGACCUAUUACCCUUGACUGUGCCUUGUUAAAAAAAACACAAAUGGUCUUGCUAUUAAAAUGAGUUACUAUAUAUGUAAAACAAGGUAUUAAGGCAAUUUUUGAUAUUUCAAGCACUUUAUUCAAUACACAAUUUCAUGUUCAGCCUUUUCCCUACUGAAAAUUGUAAGCCACUUAUAGAUGACUUGUUUACCAUGCUUUUUGUAUAUCUUGUGGUACUUUGUGUUCUUGCUUCUGAAAAACUUUACACAUGUUUUACAAGACAGUGGUUUACUAUCUUGAGUACAGGAGGCAUAGUUUUCCCACAAAUGUUCACAAAUUAACAUGCAAAUUGUUUACUGUGUAUUUAAAAAAUCCUGAAAGGAAAUCUGUAGAGAAGUGGCUUGCAGGAAUACAUUACCUGAAGAAAAAAAAAAAAAAAAAAAUCAGGCUGGAUUUUUAACUUUCCAUUU